AUGGUGAAAAAAAGAGAUUGGCGGCUGGUAUCACGAAGCAUUUUCGGACCGAUUAUUCUGCUAUUAUUGGUAGCUGGAGCCUACGCAGCAGUGAUUUAUGGAUUCUCUCAUUUCGAGUAUGACAGUGAAUGGAGAUCCGAGCAGGAAAAUUUUGAGACUCUAGCCGCUAAUGCGGUCUUUGAGAAACAACGUCUAGCUGCUUCCGCCGAAUCUGCACAGACCUACACAUCGAAAUACUCAUUGGGCACCAAUGAUGUCUAUGGAAUUAUUUCUGGUUUCUUGAAUAAGACUAUGUUGACUGUGGAAACGUAUACUUUCAAGUGGACUAAGAGUUUGUCGUUCAAAAGAAUGUAUGACCAUGCUUUCCAACUAAGCGAUGAUUCUGAUCUCAAAUUCUACAAGCCCUCCACCAAAAUCAUUGACAUCAUCUUUCGUUCUAUUCUUCCCAUUUUCACAACAUUCGCCGUCGGAGCCAGUGUGUCUGCUAUCCACUCCAUCGUUACCAAUGUUCUCCAAAUCUGCAUCCGUCACAAAAAACAUGAAGCGUGGACAGUAGGAAGAAACAGAAUGCUGAGAGUGAAUGUGGUGGCUGCCAUGGUUGUUGCUAUUGUCUAUUUCGUUGUGUGUUUCUUCUUGAUAACUCUUGCUUGCACUCGGUGGCAGGAUGUCUCGUAUGCAGAUGGAGUGAAGAUAACGAUAAACUUGAUUGCCACUCUCCCACCAAAAGUCAAACAGACCUCGAUAAUCGAUGCUCAUACCUUGGCCGCUCUCUCGUUCGUUAUCCACAGUGGAACUGCUUAUGUCAUCUUCACUCUGAUUAACCUUAUGAAGACGUGGAGAAUCUCUGAAUUCUCGAUUCCAUUGAUCAAGGAUAUUGACCAAGCGGAUCAAGUUGACAAGAAUAUGCAAGUGCAGUAUAAAAUGAAAAGAGCCGAGGUUUUACAGAAGAACGCGGUAGAAAACUUGGAGCAGAAGAAGAUCUCGGACGGGCUGGAUCCUAUUGUCGAGGCCAUCAAUGUAACGGAUCGGUUCUUCAGAUCACCCGAGGAAUAUAAGGAAUAUGCGGAUAAGUGUGAAGCAAUCAUUAACUGUGGGACAGAAUUAGACGCUACCAAGGUGCCACUUCUUCUACAAAAGAUCAGUCCAUGUCUAUUCUACAUGUUUUAUAACCGAGAGUUCUCUACAUGUGCUCAUAAGCUGAUUGCCAAAAAAGAUGACAAGAUUCCAUGUCUCAACACACUUUUCAAUGAUAUUCAUGAGCCAGAAGUAGACGAAUGUGUUCAAUGGGAUGGUCUACAGCCAUGUAUCAAGGAACAAAUUGGAAAAGAAUGUGAUGAUGCAAUGCUGAAAGAAUACGAAAAACAAGAGAAAAAUCUUCGACCGGAACUAUGCGAUUAG